UCUCUUGAUACUUUGCUAGAUUGGAAGAAAACAGUAUUGAUAAGAUGACUGACGCACCACUUACUAAGAAGGAGAGAAAAGCACAGCAGUUCCGUAAGUCCAAGGAAGAGAGGGAGACUGAAAAGCAGGAAAAGCAGGAAAAGCAGGAAAAGCAGGAAAAGAAGGAAAAGAAGGAGAAGAAGGAGAAGAAGAAGGCAGAAAAAGCAGACAAAGCAGAAUCAAAAGAAGCAGAUGAAUCCAAUAAAAGAUCCAGUGAAGAGUCAGAAAAAGGUGACGAACAACCCAAGAAGAAAAGAAAGACCAGAAGAAGCAAGAAGGGGAAAGGAGUUAACGGAGGACAAGGGCCCAGGUAUAUAUUAUUUGUUGGGAACUUACCGUACGAUACUAAAGAAGAGGAUUUAUCACAGCAUUUUAAUAAAUCCCAACCAUCAAGGUUGAGAGUUAGAAGAGAUAAGGGAAUUGCAUUUUUAGAGUUUGAUAAUGAUAACGAAGAGAUUAAAAAGAAGAUGGAGGCAGCAUUAAGAAUGCACCAUUCUAUGUUUCAAAAUCGGAAAAUCAAUGUUGAAUUAACUGUUGGUGGAGGAGGUAACUCAAAAGCCAGAGUUGAGAAAUUGAAGGGUAAGAAUGAUAAAUUACUUGAAGAAAGAAGAUUACGAGUUGCUAAAGAGUUAAAGAAGAGAAAUGAAAAGGAAACUAAGGAAGGAGAAAAGGAACCAGGAUCUAGCUCAUCACCAGCACCAAGUAUUCAUCCAUCUCGUGCAGCAUUAAUGAAAUAAUUGUAUAAUAGAAACAGUAUAUGUCAAAAGUAUAUGUAAAAAGGAGUUUAUUAAUGUA